GCGGCGCUAUGUUGGGCGUUCAGCCCUUCGCGCCGCUAACGGGCGGGCGGGCGCGGCACGUGGCGGGGCGGCUAUGGCCUCGCAUGGGCGCGGCUUGGUCGACAGGGACACCGCCGGUCUGGCGCACAGUUUUUCUGGACUCUGCACCCCCUGGAAGAGCCUCAGGGGCAUCAGGAAUGCCAGUUUCCCCACCCUAGGGAAAAAAUAUGCAAGUUCUGGAGAAGAGGAGGAUAAGGAAGAUGAUAAAGUGGAUUUAGCAGAAAAUUCCCUUUUAAACAAGCUUAUCCGGAAGUCUCUGGUAGAAUCCAAUCAUCAUGUUGAAGUCCUGCAGCGAGAUCCCAGCUCCCCUCUCUUCUCAGUAAAAACCUUUGAAGAACUGCAUCUGAAGAAAGAGUUAUUACAGGGGAUUUAUGAAAUGGGUUUCAACAGACCAUCCAAGAUACAGGAGACAGCGCUUCCUAUGAUGCUAGCUGACCCACCCCAAAAUCUUAUAGCACAGAGCCAGUCAGGGACAGGAAAAACUGCAGCUUUUGUCUUGGCCAUGCUGAGCAGAGUUGAUGGUGCUGAAAAAUUCCCCCAGUGUCUCUGUUUAGCUCCAACCUAUGAGCUGGCUGUGCAGACUGGACAAGUGGUUGAAAAGAUGGGAAAACUUUGUGUCAACAUCGGAGUUGCGUAUGCUGUCCGAGGGAAUAGAAUUCCAAGAGGUACCAAGAUUGAAGAACAGAUAAUAAUUGGAACGCCAGGGAGUGUCCUAGAUUGGUGUUUCAAAUUGAAGCUGCUGGAUGUGCAGAAGAUCUCUGUGUUUGUGCUGGAUGAAGCGGAUGUUAUGAUUGACACACAGGGCUUCUUAGACCAGAGUGUCCGCAUUCAGAGAACAUUACCACAGCGUUGUCAGAUGCUCCUCUUCUCAGCAACCUUCGAGGAUGCCGUGUUGCGGUUUGCUGAGCAGAUCAUCCCUGACCCCAACAUAAUUAAACUCCGCCGAGAGGAGAUGACCUUGACCAAUAUCAGGCAGUACUACUUUUUGUGUGAGAAUAAACAAGAUAAAUACAAGGCCCUGUGCAAUAUCUAUGGGAGCAUCACCGUUGGCCAGGCUAUCAUCUUCUGUCAGACUCGUAGGAAUGCCAAAUGGUUAUCGCAGAAACUGAGUCAGGAUGGGCACAAAGUGUCUAUCCUGAGUGGGGAGCUGACAGUUGAGCAACGGGCAGCUGUAAUCCAAAGGUUUCGUGAUGGAAAAGAGAAGGUCCUUGUCACAACUAAUGUCUGUGCUAGAGGUAUUGAUGUGAAACAGGUCACAAUUGUUGUGAAUUUCAAGCUCCCGACAAACCAGUUGCAGUGUCCAGACUUCGAGACCUACCUACACCGCAUAGGGCGAACAGGUCGUUUUGGGAAAAAGGGCCUAGCCUUCAACAUGGUGGAAAGACACAACUUACCACUGCUACACAGCAUCGAAGAGCACUUCAAGACCAACAUUAAGCAGUUGGACCCAGAUGACAUGGAUGAGAUAGAGAAGAUUGAAUCUUAAAUAAACCAGGGGUGUUUGGAGUCAAAGGGAGAUUUUUCUUUAACCUUAGACCUCAAUAUUUUUUCUGUUUAAAAAAUUGAAAUAGUUUAAGUGAAAUGUAUUGCCAUGUUUGGAAAUGAUGAUACAGUAUUCUCCAUCAUAAAGAAUUCAGGAAAAGAAAAAGA